AUGUUGGCAGGCACCAAAUGGGGAGCAAACAGCAAGAUACUACAACAAGUGUACACAGGAGCUGUCAGACCUGUUAUGGAAUACGGAUCAUCUGCCUGGGCAACCUCUGCAAAGAGAAACAGCAACAGACUGACAAAGUUACAGAACACAGGAAUGUGCCUUAUAACAGGUGGCAUGAAAACCACUCUAAUCAGUGCAUUGGAACAAACAACGACACCCAAAGAACGGGAACCCUUGAUUGAUGUAGAGGAUUGGACAUCAUCAUCAAAAGACAUAACUAUUGUAGAGGAUGUUCCAGGAAUCACCAGGAAGGGAGAACAGUCAGAUGCCAUCCUAAAGUCUCUCACACUGGAAAUGCUUCAAGACAAGUACAACACCUCACAGUGGACCCAUGUCUACACAGAUGGUUCAGCUGAAGAGGCAAUAAAGAAUGCUGGUAGUGGUGUCCACAUAAGAUUUCCUGAUGGACCUUUAGAUCAUACCCAGCAGGAAAACAAACUUCAGAGCAGAAAGAAAUCCCCUUCUUCAAGCCACCAGAAUCAUCAAUUUGGAGAAUCCACUUCCAUCACAUGUUGUGUUCUUGACAGAUUACAAAUCUCUCAUUCAGAGCACCUGAAUUUUUUUUUAGUAAUAGCAGUUCAACAGGGACUGGCUGACCUUUCUCUAUACAUGCAAGUUGUAGUUCAGUGGGUUCCAACACAUUGUGGUAUUGCAGGAAAUGAAUAUGCUGACAAACUGACAAAGGCGGGAAACACAAUGGAACAGCCAAAUCAUACAAUCUCCCUCAGAGAGACAAAAACCAUAAUUAAGAGAAAGUUCCGAUUCACCAACACUAGAACCAAGGAUCCAAUCCACCAUCUGGAGAGAUAUCAAGAGACAACCAUGUUCAGGCUAAGAACCGGUCACUGCCAUCUCGGAGCCCAUAUGUACCGCCUGAAACUGGCAGACACUGAUGAAUGUCCAUGUCAAACAGGACCGCAGUCCCCAGAGCACAUCUUGCAAUUCUGCCCCCUCUAA